GAGGGAGUCAUAAAGACGACGCCCAGUAAUGACGUCAGGUGUUUAUACAGUUAGUAAAGGCACAACAAGUGUUGCUGGAAGUUUGUUGCCUGCUCUGUCUUUGAAAUAAAAAAAAAACUUAAAUUUCAUAUCAACAUGGUGCACUCUCUAAAAUUUAUAUUUUUUAUUUCCGUGCUAACAGCAUAUUUUUUCUUUGAAACGGAAGCCGUUCGUUGUUACCAAUGCAGUAGCGACACAGAUCCUAAAAAAGAAGAUUUAUGCGGUGCUUAUGAAUCCUUUGAUAGAAACAAGCAUAUUCCAAUCGAUUGCAACGAUGAGGACUCCAAAAUGCCUGGGUCUUUUUGCGUUAAAGAAGUACGACAAGGUCCUAAGGGAUUUAUUUGGGAUGGCCGAUUCAGACAAGUAGUUCGCCGAUGUGCAUCAGUUGCAGAAACCGGAGUUACAGGUGUUUGUAAUUGGGGUGUCGACGAAAACGGAGUUUAUUGGCAGCGAUGUUAUUGUUCAGACGAUUCAUGUAAUGGUGCAACAACUCUAUCGUCAUCUUUAACAAUAGCCAUUAUAAUAUCAACUUUUAUUACAAUUUACUUUAUAAGAUAA